CUCGUUUCUCUCCUACCACCAUUACCAUCCAGGGAGACAACGGUCACCACCUUUGUUGCAUAUCUAGUCAACAGCCUUCUCCCUGCUGCGACUAACUAUUAUUGAAUCCGACAUGGUUGUGGAUGAACCACAAUUUCUGCGUGUCGUAUCGUCUUGUCUACCCGAAGAGCUGUCCCAAAAACUGAAGAAUCUGUCGAAAUCUUCUCCGGAAGCAGAGAUUAUUCUCGAUGAUGUGAUACGAUUCGUUAGUGGCGCAGAAUCCAGAACAGGCGGGUCUGACGGGGGUUGGCUCGAGAAACAGGGAGCAGUGAAGAAAGGUCUUGAUGAGCUGCUUCGCCCUGCUGAUCUCAAACGUCGACGAGACGCAGAAGGCGACAUCAUGCAGACUUCAAAACGACCCAAGCUAGACCACGACGAUGCUUCUGAUGGACCCCAUCGGUUUACCCUCCAUUCUGUAUCUACGACAUCACCGGUACGCAAAAAAAUUUGUUGUUCCAGCAUCACAGGCUGCAGAAGCUGUCGUCCCACUUUCACAGCUUAGUCGAGCGUUUAUCCUGCCAACGCGCGGAAAGACGAAACCUCACUGGACAGUGGUUAUUAUAUCUACAAACACAACUGAAAAAGGAGCGUCUUCCCCACAGAUCAUUUUUGGUCUCGACGCCUCCGCUCCAAGCCCACUGUCGACGACAGAUUCUACCUCAGUGAAGAAGGUACUGAAGAAGGGUGAUCCAACACUGCCAGCUAUUAAAGAUUUUCUCUCCUAUUUACGGGUGCCCAUUCUCCAACCUAGCACCGAUGUGUUCAAAAGUGCUUGCACUAAAGGCUCUGACGGUUGCCCGGGGAUCGAAGCUUAUUUGGGUGCAAAGGUCGGCAGUCUGUGGUUCAUGAAGGAGGGUAUCUUGUGGGGCGAGUCGAAACCUUGCGAGUUCUGGCCUGUCGAAGACUUGAUGGGAAAAACAGACGGCCUAAAGAUGAUCAGUGCGACGGGAAGGACGUGUACCUUGAUUCUGAUGCGCCGGAGCACGGGGGACCCGGAAGAGGAAGAGGAAGACACUGGCGAAGAAACAGCUUUUAGCUUGAUUGAUGGUAAGGAGCAAGAUGGGAUCAAUCAGUGGGUAAAGCGAUUUCAGAGUGCUUUUGGGAAGAAGAAAGGCGAAGGGAGUCGGCCGGCGUCGCUGCCUGCGACGGGCAAAAUGACAAUAAUGCAGAUAGGGGACGAGUCAGAUGAGGACGAUGAGGAUUUCAAGGAUGAAGAGCAGGAGGAGGAGGAGGAAGUGACGUCUGAUUCCAGUGACGGGGAAGGAGGCGGCAGCGGCGGUGAUAUGGGAAGUGAAGAAGACAAGGACGCUCAAGGAUCAAACAAUGAAGAUGCCAGCGGCGAUGAAGACGAAGGAGUGUUGAAAGAAGAGAAUCAUCCACUACUCCGGCCUGGUGCCAUGCCCCGCAUGUCGCGUGCCGCCAUUGAUAUGGUGGUUGGUAUGGUCGAAGAAGACAUGCUUGGCGGCGACGAAGAUGAAGAAGACGAACUUGACGACUGAAAGGUGCCACUUUUGAAUUAUGUACUCAUUGUUUCAUCGACCUUGUCCUUCAGUAGAUGUAUUCAUACUGAAUUAUGGUGCUGCAAACGUUGCUUGCACAAAUUUGCCGUGCCGGUG